CGUUUGGGUUCCCUGGCUUUGAUCCUAAGGCGGCUCAGCAAGCCCCUAGACCCCAGCCUGCAGACAGCUGCCUCCUGUCUCAGGUGGACAUGGCGCACAAAGGCUGCAUUCCACCUGGUGGUCUGCUCUGGGCUCUGCGGCUGAUCCUGGCAUGGACCCUCCUGGGGGCCUGUGGAGGAAGCCACCCACUCCAAGCUGGGCUGGCAGCGGAUCCAGGCACAGGCCAGCUGCAUCGAGCAGGAGACCCUCCAGCUUCCAUUCCCUCACCUUCCCUGAGGAUCCAAGACCCUGGCUCACAGGUGUCAGCAGCACCAGGAUCGUGUUGUCCCUCAGCGACGGAAACACCGAUGGCAUCAGGCCCUGGGAUCUUUCUGGAGAGCUGUGGGAUGCCAAGCUUCAGAUGCGAAUCCUUCCUGGAACACCUCCAGAGAGCCCUCCACAACCGCUUCCACCUGCUGCUGUUGGGAAUCAGCCAAGCACAGCUGCUCUGCUCCGACCUCUGCCAGGCUUGGUUUGACACGUGUAAAGCAGAUCCGACCUGCAGCCGGACUUGGCCUCUACCCUCAGCAAAGAGGGGCUGCGAGCCCAACUGCCGCACCUACGGGCAGACCUUCGCGGAUGGAGCCGACCUGUGUCGUUCGGUGCUGGGUCACACCCUGCCCGUGGCAGCUCCGGGGUCCCGCCAUUGCCUCCACGUCUCCACGUCGGGGCUGCCGCCGAGUCCCAGAGCCCCCCGACGGCGCCGGCGCGCCGCGGCCUCGGUGCUGGACUCGGCGGCCAGCGGCAGCGGCAGCGGCAGCGGCCCCUAG